UUACAGGCAGCUUCCGGUAGCAUCACACAGCUGUUAGUGAGCUCCAGAGGUGGAAAAUAGCGACAAACGACGACUUUUACCGACUUAUUAGACGCAUCUACGAUUGUUGGUCACUUUAUUGAUUUACUAACGUUGAUAAUAAUGAAGCCAGAGUGGCGCUUGGCGCUUUGUUUGGCCUCGUAUGUAGGCUAAACUGUGUUAUAUCGAGCUAACAUUAACACGACUGGUUAACAAGGACUCGUGUUGUUUACAUCUUUCCCCCACCAUGUAUACUCUGUUAUCUGGGUUGUAUAAGUACAUGUUCCAGAAGGACGAGUACUGUGUUCUCAUCCUGGGACUGGACAACGCCGGCAAAACGACCUUUCUGGAACAAACCAAAACCAAGUUCAGUAAGAACUAUAAGGGAAUGAAUUUAUCAAAGAUCACAACCACGGUGGGCCUGAACAUUGGUACAAUCGAUGUGGGCAAGGCUCGUCUAAUGUUCUGGGAUCUGGGGGGUCAGGACGAGCUCCAGUCUCUGUGGGACAAAUACUACGCUGAGUCCCAUGGAGUCAUCUAUGUGAUCGAUUCAACUGAUGAAGAGCGCCUGUCAGAAUCAAAGGAGGCCUUCGAGAAAAUGAUCAGCAGCGAGACGUUAGAAGGCGUCCCGCUCCUCGUGCUGGCCAACAAGCAGGAUGUACCGGACUGUUUGUCAGUGUCGGACAUUAAAACAGCCUUCAGCGACUCUGCCCCCAAGAUCGGCAAGAGAGAUUGUUUAGUCCAGCCUUGUACUGCCCUGACAGGGGAUGGAGUGAACGAAGGCAUCGACUGGAUGGUGAAGUGCGUGGUCAGAAACAUUCACAGGCCACCCAGACAGAAGGACAUCACGUAAGACGUCACCAGCAACUCUUUACACUUAAGUUUGGACUUUUUCUCCUUGAGGACAUUCCAUGUAAACCCUGGAGUCGAUAACUCUCCUCUCCUCCUCGUGUUUGCUGUGACUUUGAACAGUUUGGAUAUCUGCUUUUUUUAAGAGUUCGUUACCAAACAAGUCAUCACAGCAUUUUUUUAUUUUAUCACCGGGCAUAAUUUCAGGUGUGCUUCGACUGGACUCUGUUUCACUUGUUACACUUUUUUGAAGCGGUGUUAUGAUUUCUGUUGCUUCAUGUGUGAGCAGUCUGACUGACACCCGGCACUGUGAUCACAAGAGCAUCAGUUCUCACAUGAAAUAUACCAAACUGUGAUAGGGUGGUUCUCUGUUUGUUCACAGUGUCAGUUUAACCAUUUUUUUGAACAAAUUUGUGGAAACAGUUUCUCUAUUUUAUCCUUAUAUCCUUUGACUUCUGUAAGACAUUCGUAGUUAGAUCAAAACGGAAAUUUUUGUUUUUGAUUGACUUCUGGAAGUGUUAAUGUUCAUAAUUUGGCGGCAGCGACACUACAGGCUGGGUAACUGGACACCAUAUCUGUAAAAAACCAAACGCACAAAGUGUGCUGAACACACUGAGAAAUCUCGCUGACCUCUGCUGAAUCACUUUAUACCAGUAGUGUAACUUGGGAUGUAUGAAGUGGUUAAAAAAACAACAACAACGAAGGUGACGUCCUCUGUCAGUCUCAUAUAUGGUAGAUGAUGAUGAUGAUAAUAAAUUUCUGAUUUCAAGAAACAAAA